GGAAUAUGAUUUCUGCAGUAUUGGUAACACUGGUAAUUUCAAAGAUAGAACUGAUGAAGAGUUAGUACUAGAACCAGGCUUGAUUUCUUCUUCUACAGUAUUAGUUUUCAUGAGUACUUCAUAA